CAACGCAACAGUUCGUCAUGGCGAGGCCCGCCGUCACCGCUCUGGCGGUUAUUUGGCUCGUAGUAGCCCAAGUCCUCUCGACCCCCGUCCCGGAGCCGGACCCGAAAGCAGAAGCCAGCCCGAACCCGGUUGCAGCCCCGGGGGAAAGGCAGAAGAAACACAUUGAUUUUGGUUUCGAAGACAGAGGAGAUUGGGGCCAUCACCCAAAAGGCGUGUGGAAGAAGAAACUGGUCUGGAAAGAGGACUGGAAGCAGGUUUGGAAAACUGUCGAAAAAGAGGUCUGGAAGACUGUCUGGAAGAAAGUACAAGUACCUGUGUGGAAAGAACACCAAGUCCCCAUCUGGAAAGAAGUCAAGGUGCCCGACUGGAAAAAGAUAUCCGUACCGGUUUGGAAAGAGAUUAAAGUCCCAGCCUGGAAAGAGGUAAAAGUCCCAGACUGGAAAGAAAUCCAAGUCCCGGAUUGGAAGGAAAUCCAGGUCCCGGAUUGGAAAGAAAUCCAAGUCCCAGACUGGAAAGAAAUACAAGUACCUGAUUGGAAAGAAAUCCAAGUCCCGGAUUGGAAAGAAAUCCAGGUGCCCGAUUGGCAAGAAAUUCAAGUCCCAGACUGGAAAGAAAUACAAGUACCUGACUGGAAAGAAAUUCAAGUUCCCGAUUGGAAAGAAGUCCAAGUGCCAGACUGGAAAAAAAUUCAAGUGCCCGUCUGGAAAGAAAUCAAGGUGCCGGCUUGGAAAGAAAUCCAAGUACCAGAUUGGAAACAGAUUUGGAAGCCUGAGUGGGUAAAGGAAUGGGUCCCUGGAGAGAAGAAAUUAGGUAAAGACGAGCACGGUUGGGAGUACACGUCGCAUGGGCUUUGGAAGAAAAAGCUCAUCUGGAAACCAGAAUGGAAGCAGAUCUGGAGGACGGAAAAAAAGCAAAUCUGGGUGCCCGAGAAGAAAUUAGAAUGGAAAACCGAAUGGAAACAAAUCUGGAGGACUGAGAAAAAACAAAUCUGGAGAACAGAAAAGAAACAGAUCUGGAGAACAGAAAAGAAACAGAUCUGGCGAACGGAAAAGAAGCAGAUCUGGAGGACCGAGAAGAAACAAAUCUGGAGGACAGAAAAGAAGCAAAUCUGGAGGACGGAAAAGAAACAAAUCUGGAGGACCGAGAAGAAACAGAUCUGGAGAACCGAAAAGAAACAAAUCUGGAGGACGGAAAAAGUCCAAAUCUGGAGGACUGAAAAGGUACAAAUCUGGGUUCCGCAGAAAAAGCUCGAAUGGAAAGACAAGUGGGUACAAAUCUGGAGGACGGAAAAGAAGAAGGAAUGGGCGACCGAAAAGAAGCUCGUAUGGAAGGAAGAAUGGAAACAGGCUAAAGUUCCCGCCUGGAAGCACGUUUCUGUACCCGAAUGGAAGAAAGUCUGGAAGCCAGUCUGGGAAAAGGUCUGGGUUCCCAUCCAUGAAGAACACCACGGCUGGGACUAACUAACACAAACGCUCAAAGUCAACAUUACCAUUUAUAAUCUUACCAUUGUAAUAUAGAACUUGUACAGUUAUUUUUAUUAUUAAACUUUUUU